AUGGCAUACGUCAUUUUGCUUGUAACAAACGGCUCAUAUGAGCGUUUUGGCAUGAAGAUGGUAGGAGCACCAAAGGAUCAUAACUUUGCUGGAUUUGUUAUAUACGACUGCUUCCUUUCUCGAAUAAGCUCUAUCCUUCAUCUCACCAUUCUAUUAUUCCUUUCUGUUCAUUAUUGUAAUCUUUUAUUUUAUUUCUCCUUUCUUAAGCAGGUCUUCAGAAUGGAUAUGCUUAUAAUUCCUAGUAAAGCAAAGGUUCUCAUGCUUCAUGGUCAUGCAGAAUCAGGACCUUCUUUUCAUCAAAGAACUAAGCGUCUGGAAACGCAUCUACACAACACAUUCCCAGCAGCACCUCAUCCAAAACACCACCCUCUGUUCCCUGGUGGCAUAGAAUUACAUUACCCAACAGGACCCAUUAAGCUCAAUGCUGCAGAAGCCACUCGUGGUGGUGGCCAUGAAAAGGAGUUCCGUCCUCAUAGCACCUCUGACCCUUUCCGCAACCCUCUGAGAGGAAAGCCGGAAUCAGAUGCCUACGCAUGGGGAGUUGGAGACUUGCAAAAAUGCGAAGAUAUUGCAGGACUAAACGACUCUAUCUCUUUCGCUCUUGAGUACAUGCAAGAUAAUGGCCCGUUCGUGGGAGUCGUUGGUUUCUCUUCUGGUGCGACCCUGGCGGUCAUCUUGGCUUCAUUGCUGGAGCAUCCAAAGUCUGUCAAGGGAUUUCAAUAUCCACCUAAUUUUAACCACCCCGCAUUAUACUUCGCUCUCUGCUACUCCGGUUUCAAACUGACCUCAUCAACAUACAAACCCAUCUACAACCCCAAAAUCUCCACACCUACACUUCACGUAAUAGGCAGUAUGGACAAAAUGACCGAAGAAGCACGCACAUUGCAACUGGUGAAGAAAUGUCGGAAAGCGAGAGUAGUUUACCACCCUGGAACCCAUUAUGUCCCCACACGAAGCGCGUUCCUGGAGAUCGCUGUGGAGUUUGUGGAAGAAGCUAUUGGCGGUGGCGUUGAUGAGGAUUGGUCCGAUUGGGACGAUUGUUAG